CCUCUUUUGGACCCACACCUCUUCUGCUACUAUGGCUAAGCGCACUAAGAAGGUGGGGAUUGUGGGGAAGUACGGCACCCGCUACGGCGCCUCCCUCAGGAAGAUGGUGAAGAAGAUCGAGAUCAGCCAGCACGCCAAGUACACCUGCUCUUUCUGCGGAAAGACUAAGAUGAAGAGAAAGGCUGUGGGCAUCUGGAACUGUGGGUCCUGCAUGAAGACAGUCGCUGGAGGCGCCUGGACGUACAACACAACGUCCGCCGUGACGGUGAAGUCUGCCAUCAGACGCCUGAAGGAGCUGAAGGACCAGUGAUCUGCAGCCACUCGGGGGUUUUGUACAGUUUCCGGGAGAUUUGUGAGAUGGACUCUGAAUCGGCCAUGUGACCAAUUUUUUUUUGAACAUCCCACAAUAAAAUCGUCACGUUGCCAGUGA